CUAUAAAGCCUGGCUGCAUCCAAGACUCCUUCACUUACUGACUGAAACUAAGCUGCUGCAGUCCCAUUAAAUUCACCGCAGAGUCAUCUUUAACUCUCAGCAGGUUGAUAGGAUUACACACUCUCCAUUUCCCCGGUUUGAAUAGCUUAUUUAGUCGGAAUGAAGGAAAGAAGACUCCAGCAGCCUUUUGUGGCGAGAUGUAAACUGGUGUUGGUUGGGGACGUUCAAUGCGGUAAAACAGCGAUGCUGCAAGUCUUAGUGAAGGACUGCUACCCAGAGACUUAUGUCCCCACUGUGUUUGAGAACUACACGGCUUGUCUGGAGCUGGAAGACCAGCGUGUUGAACUCAGUCUUUGGGACACAUCAGGCUCUCCCUAUUACGACAACGUCAGGCCCCUCUGCUACAGCGACUCAGACGCGGUGUUGCUAUGCUUUGACAUUAGCCGACCAGACACAGUAGAUGGUGCUCUGAAGAAGUGGAAAGCAGAGAUUCAAGACUUCUGCCCAAACACUCGAAUCCUGCUUAUAGGCUGUAAGACAGACCUGCGAACUGAUGUUUGCACACGCAUGGAGCUGUCCAAUCAAAAACAGGCUCCAGUCUCCCAUGAACAGGGUUCAUCUUUGGCCAAACAGCUCGGUGCCGAAGCUUAUCUGGAGUGCUCAGCCUUCACUUCAGAAAAGAGCAUCCACAGUGUGUUUCGUACCGCCGCUCUGGCCUGCAUGAAUAAACUGCAGCCUGCCAACAAACCCAGCCCAGUCCGCCGCCUCUCCAAAAGACUGCUGCACCUCCCCAACAAGACGGAUCUCCUCUCCUCCACCUUUAGCAAGGACAAGUCCAAAAGCUGCUCCAUCAUGUGAACAGAGCAAGGAGCGUGAUCGGAGUACGGGAGGAGAUAACAAGAGAACAGUUUUCUAGCGGGUUCAGCCGAGGUUCGGGGUGUGCAAGAAGGAGACAGAGAGAGCAAUCAUCUGGAUUUCACAAACCUUUAAACUUUUUUGCAACAUUCUCCUUCAGUUCAAUUACCACAUUUUCUGCAGAGAGAAACUAUUUGAAGUGGAGUAUAAUAAUCCUGUGUAAAAUGAACAACAUGCACUUUAUUUUUCCCCACAUCAAGGUUGUUAAGCAUCAGUCCGUACCUUAGCCUGUCCACGAAGGAAUAUACAGUUAUAUACUCUCCAUUUAAAGCUCUGGUGGCAAUACUGUAUCCCAUUCCUCUCUCUGUCUGGAUGUUAAAGGUCACAGCAUGGCUGAGUGAAGAGAACGUAAAGCCUAAGCACAAAGCUGUAUCUGCAGAAACCUAGCAGAGGAUUAAAACAAAAAGGCUCCUGAUGAUAUGAUCCCUGUAACCAGACCCCUCACCGUAAUACGGUUUUAAAUUAAGGUUGACAGCAGAAUAAAAUGAUAUGUCAAAAAGAGGCCAUUUUCAGAAGGCAGGGCAGAGUGGGUGUCUGGAGAUCUGCAAUGUGACUCAGCAGUACCAUGAGCCAGAAUAUGGGAAAGGAUGGAUGCUUUGUCUUCUGUACUUCUAGCAUGUCGUCAGGUGGCUCUAUCACCCCAGCAGCCUUAUGUGUUCCGUAACAUUAGGCCUUGAUUUAAGUGCUGUCACUGGGAGGAAUGGUAUUUCCAAGUCUGUUCCAAAGUCGGUUUCUUUUUUUAUUUAUUUUUCUUUCAUUUAGUUUUUUUUUUUUUUUGGAUAGAUCGCACCAAGAAAGCGAAAUUAUUUCCAAGCAUGAAGUCUGAGCUGUUUGCAUUUGGGAGCUACCCCUCCUUAUGAACAGUUUGGGAUAUUAUUUUUUUAGCUUGGAUCUGCAAAUACGUCCUAAUUGUUGCUUACAGUACAGUUUCCUGAAGGUCUGCCCAAGGAGGAUUUUACUCUGCUGAAUAAUUAGUCAAAGUCCCAACAAUGAAACCAAAUGAAAUAUAAUUUUUUUUUUUUUCUGUAUCCAUCACUCUUUUCAUCCUCUACAUAAUGUAGGAUCCUGUUGCUAAGAGAGCAUAGUAAAUGUAACAUAUCUCAUUAUAACAUAUAUAACAUUUGAUCGUCCUUAAAGACAUAGUAUCUAAAUCUGUUAAAAUAUUGUGAUUGAAGAUUCUCUACAAUCCUGCUAACAUUUGAAAAGCCAGCAUUAGCCAUAACUUACAGCAAUGAAAAUCUCAAAAUGAUAGAAGAGCCCGUUUUCUUACCUACUUCAGCCUUCCUAUCAUUUGCUAAAAGUCUUGGUUUCACUCUUAGCAUGAAAGAACUGCAACAUUAACUUGUCCCUUUUAUCUCAGUGCUUUGGUACUCCAACUUUAGAUUAAAACACCUCACUUAAAUCGCAAAACAUUAAGUUUUCUUUCUGCAAUAACAACUUUCACACCAAAUAAUGUUGCUAUUUAGCAGGUAGCUAUAAUUAGGUAUGACUGGCCAGUCAUUGUUCAAUACCAUGCAGUCACUUGUGUGGUGACUGUUUUUUCACCCACCAGUUUUCUUGCUGUAUCUCUGUCCUUGAGCAGCUCAUAUCUUUUGCGUAGUUGAUGACUUCUUAUUUUGGAUUAGUUGGUCCCAGAUGAUAUAGCUCACUACCAAGGCCAGAGAGGACAUCUACUGUCCUAAAAACUAUUUUACAGGAUUGUACAAGAGACAAAAAUAUAAAUCCUUUAUUGUCCCACGAUAGGGAAAUUCACUCUCUGUAUUUUACCCAUCCCUUCGGAGAGCAGCGGGCUGCCACAAUUGGCGCCCAGGGAGAAGUCCAGGGUUAAGGGUCUUGCCCAGGGACCCAGAUUGGCAGUCUGUGGGGCUUGAACUCAGAAUCUCUGGGGCUCAAGCCCAAUGCUAUAACAACUAGGCCACCACUCUCCCAGUUUACACUAUUAUGCACUUAAGUUUGGAUCCAUGGUUAUUUACUGAUCUUUGGGUUAUUUACACAGGAAGUGGUCUGCCAUCAAUAAUCUUCCUGUGAAUCCUGGUAUUUAAAACAUUUUUUCAAUCAAUAUAAGUAGUAAAAUAUGUUAUAUGUGUGGACUGCACUAUAGAUAGUUCCCACAAGACCAGACCUAAAGUAAAUGGCUCUGGGAAUGUGCCAUGUGGAUAGGAUAUUGGUAAAAAGACACGUUAUUUGAGGCUUCUUUAAAAAGAUACAAAGUAAACAUGGCUGUUAUUGUUAAAGAUUACAACCAUAUUUGCUAUAAUCAGUCUUAUAUCUGUAUAUGAUCUUGAUUUAUUGUCUCAAAAGUAAAAUGAGGGUAAAUAAAUCACGAUAUGAACAUAGCAUUAGGAUGUAAUAAUUUGGCACUUUUGUUAUACACUCUUAUGUCCAUCCUGUUGGAUGUAUCUUUAUAUUUUUAAAGCUACUUCUACAUGUUUUAAACAUUUAACGUUUAAUAUUAGUAAAGCGAUCAAAGAAAAUCUGUGCCACAAUUGAUGGCUUGUGUUUUCCCUGGAUAUUAGCCAGCCACCCUCAUCGAUGCUCGAUGCUUAGUUCCAGUUUGCUCAUAUUCAUCUUUUCUGAUUCUCAGUAUGUUAAUUGAUUUAAUUAUAGUGUUUUAUUAUCGUUUUUUUUUUUUGUAUCUUUCUAUCGCAUUGCCGCCGUUGUGUUGCGGUGCACCGGAUGUGGCGCCAUGUGGGAACUAUCUAUUAUAGUAGUGUAAGUGAAGCCAAGUAUGUUUGUCUUACACUGACAUACUAAAGAACAAUCACAGUGGGUUGUUGUAGUGCAUCAUUACUAAAUCUUCUGUUUAAAUGUAUGUAUUUCUACAAAUAAGCUUCUAACUUUUUAAGCAAACAUCAUAAGAGUUUAAAGAUUCAUGAUAGUGUUGUAUAAACAAUGGGGGUGCUUUGGGAUCAUGACAUUUUUAGGAUUCAGACAUCUGCUCUGGAAUAUGUCCUACUCUGAUUAGCUGUCUGCUAUAGUCUCUGGGACCAGUGUUGGAGGGUAAGAGAGUUAUCUACUGCAGGAGAAAUUAUUCAUUAUCUACAAAAUCUUACUUAAUAUUCAUCUGGCCAAACUUUUUUUGUUGGACUUAAAUGUGCUGAACUCUUCUGAGAAGACAACCUGUGAUUUAUGGAAAUGAAAGGCACCUUUCGGGAUUUUAACGAGACUUUAGAAGUGAUAAGGAUUCAGAUAUUUAAAUGAAACCGUGUUUUUUAACUUAAACGUUUUAAUAACUGCCAAGAUUUUUUUUAUAUUCUUUUGAUUUCCAAAGAAAAUUAACCAGCACCACAUUUAGCUCUUUUGUGCACAAAAAAGUUUGUCACCCCAGUACCCAAAAAAUUGCUUUUUAGCUACAACGUAACCAUAUAUUUAAUGUAAAAUUCUUUGUUAACAUGACACUUUUAUAUGUGUGAUCAGUCUUAAUCCCUGGGGGAAAAAAACAUAUGAAUUGACUCCCUUGACUGCAUUCAGGCUGGUCCUGUCUGUUCUUUAUUUUGUUUAUGGUCAUCACGAAAAGCAGAAGACCUGCUAGAUGCUGUGCUCAUCGUUGUUUUCACUGGAGUCUCCUGCCAUUAAGCUGUUGACAGCUUGGCUAAUGGAGGACUUGAUGAUUUGUAGGUCUGCACUGGGAUGCAUGGCAAUGUGCAUAACGGUGGAAUUCAAACUGUUGCCUAGCAACAGUGUGAGCAAGGGCCAUGCCUAUAUCUCUGACGGGGGAGGCGGGGAGGGGUAAUGACUUUCAUGGAGCACGCCUCACCUUUUCUUUGUAGCAUUAGACUGAAACGUAAGCGAAGGUGAAGGCUGCACCAAUCAGGGAGCAGCAGACUGCUUCAACUUUGAGUUCUCUGGUUGGGAAGACCACGCAAAGCCAAUUGGUAGCAGUCUCAAGUUUUUAAAAGUGAUUCUUCACAUCUGCUGCAUUGCUUACUGAACCUCUUUGCUGUCUGGAGCUUCCUAAUGUCCCAGACUGGUCGCAGUUUCUUAAAUAUAAAUACACUGUUUCACUGUUCCUUUGGCUUGUUUUUUAGUUUUUUUUUUGUACAUAAUCUUCACAAGUCUGUUUUACUCUUGCAGAGGAAAGUUACCGAGGCAAAACAACAUGCUUGCAUGAGGUUGCCUCUAAAGGCUUAAGCUAUUAACAAAAUUCUGUAUUUGUUAUUGUGUUUAAAAGCUUUAAGUGAAUAUGCCUGGAUUUCAUUUACAAGUGUUUUGUUCUGUGAUUAAAUCAAUUAAAGAGAAAAAUUUGACAAACA